CCUCUGUUGGCAUAGUGGGUGGCCAUUAGCCGUCGGCGGAGCCUUAGUGCUCCAUAUCGGUGCACUUGAUGAGUCGUUGGUGCGCACCCAGGAUUUCUACCUUUGCAUUCGUCCCGAACCGGAAACAAACCAACCUUGUCUCUAUGCGGUUUGGCGCGGCAGGGGAACACCCUCGAGUGAUCAAAACCGUGAGUCCACCGUCGACCCACCCCCAAUCGAACCCACACCCGUUGUCUACCGUCAAUUGGAUCCGAUCGUCGAUCCAAUUACGCCCCUAGCUGUGGAGAUGCUAGCUGAAGACUUGCCGACACUACUGCAGAAUCUAUUGGUGGGCAUCGAGCGAGCCAUCUGUCGAGUGCCGCUAGAGGAAUUGUCCUUCCCCACGCAAGAAUGCACCACCACCACAAUCAGUGAUGAAGCAGAUGAUCGACAAAACAACAAUGGUAGUUUACCACCGGAACCAUCCGAACGGCAGGACAAAUACAUCCUAACUCCUGGUACUCCAAAGAUCGGACUCAAGCGGCGUGAACUGAUCACCAAGAAUAAGCUGAUCAACAACAAGUACGCCCUCAAAAGGAUAGCGUCCACUACAACUCCGCCAAGUGCAAAUCACCAGAAUGGCGGCAAUCAUAACAACACCAACGGCAAUAGCUUUAUAAAUUGCAAUGAGUCGGUUAAAGUCGGAAAAAGUGAAAAUACUUCACGGAUCAACGGUAAUCAGUGUAAUAGCAGCCUAGCGACGCCAAUCGACGGCGAAAGAACCAAAAAGGAAGACGACGGCAGUACUAAGCUGUGCGAUACGGGUGGCAAUACAGCUGUUGGAAUUGUGGGUGGUGGAGGAAGCGAUAAUCACCAAUCAACCACUUCUGCAUCCAACCCCCUCCCCAUUCCGGGUGCCUCUGGUGCAGCGGACAGCAACUCGAUGCCAUUAUUCUGCCUCGGCGGAUCGUUUCCCCAUAUCGAUAGCGAUGAGGAGAGCGGUGACGACAUGAAGCGAUGCGAGACAGCACCGACCCAUCCCCAUGACAUAGUGGCCCCGAGGUCGAUCCAAGAUCUACCGGAGAAGCACUUAACGUCAGGAAUUUCGAUACCAGGAACAUACGACCGAUCGGGCUCCCCGCUGAUCUAUAUCGAGGCAGAGAAGGUGCUGGCAUCGGGACUCAACUGUUACGAAAUCGCAACCGUUCUGCUGUAUUACAACACGCUACCUAUCCAAAGCCCCUCCCAGUACUGCAUCCACUUGUUGCUGACGGAAAGCUCCCAGUUGGCUUUUCUCGAAACGCUGGACAGCGCACUGCAACUUCUAAGCGGCCAUCUAACGUUUGGAUCGAUAUACGUGUCUGGUUCGUACGAUCCAGCGGACAACAAGCACCCACCGAAAGAACUCAUCCGAAACCUGAACGUGCACAUCAAAUAUCUGAACAAUGAAACCAUUAAAAACUUCAUUGGUACCGAUAACCUGCCAAUCCGAUGCGCAGGAUUCUACGUGCACGAUCAACGUGAGUGGAUCGACUUUUUCCGCACCCUGGAACCUCUCCAGAUCCAAUGCGUAGAAACGGGUCGUCGGUUGGUCACCGUACUGAACGACAUACGGAACCUCGAGAUCCAAGGAACGACACCAACCCGUAGACAACUGCACUCACAGCAUCGUGCCCUAAGCCGUGCACUGAUGGAUUCGGAACUGCAAACCCUCCGUCGCAAAGGACCAAAUACCAUACAACGACUCCAAGACAAACUCACCGUAAUCAACAACAAACAAACGCUUAAACAAACCAAAAAUGUAGUUAGGAACUGUAGUCUAGAUAGUAGUAAUCGCCUUGUGGGCAGUAGUCUUAACGGAAACUUCACACUUCACCACAAACAGCAGUGGAGUGUCGGCACCUAUGCCAAUGGCCACGGCACCGUAGAGAAGGACCUGAUCAACGCUCGCCUCGGAGAGGUGAUCACCAUUUUCCAGGAGGUUGAUCGAGCGGCCCGCAAGCUCGAACAGUUUACCGAACAGAGGAGAGAAAGACUAAGGGAGAUGACCCGGCAGCGUGCGUUGGACGACGAAAUCAAUGAGGUGAUAUCGUGGAUUCGGAACGAAGGCACCAAAACUCUACAGGACUUCAACGAACAUUCCUGUUUGGAAAAUGCAGAGCGCGCCAAAGUAGCCAGUCAAGAAUUUGAAAAAUUCUACUUUAUGUCCAUGAAACACAUCAGCAAAGGUCGAGAUCUUUACGAAGCGUCAGUCGAGUUGGAAAUCCUGAAAGAUACGCUAAGGAUAUUGAAGGACUUCGUGGAUCAACAUAAGCAUCGCUUAGAGAAUACACGGGAAAGAAUGGAAGGGGUCGUUCGAUUGCACGAAUUGCUGGAAUCUCUACGUUUAAACUCUCAAGAUGGCCCUAUCCUGACCGAAAUACUCGAACUAGCCGAGAAGGUUGAAGUACCCUUUUUGAUUGAACAAUGCAAACAAUUAAUACAACCAUCAGCCAGUAACAAUAGUAAAAGAGAUACCAAUACCAACACUACCAGUACCAGUGAUAACAUCAGUCUAGACAUAAGCUUAUCCGACGACACUAUCACGGCAACCAGCACGCCGGAGAAGGGAAAAUUCAGUCAACCGACCUUAAUCGAACCGAACGGGAACCGUUGCAACCACAAUCACGGCCGGCAUCACCACGAUGAAGACGAAGAAGAGCAGUCAAAAAUGGCCGACUCUGGUCUGGGAGGAUGUGAUCGCUGCGAGGGUAAUGAGAAACUCGAGCGAACCUGUUCCUGCCAGAGUCUCAACGAUCCGAAAAAUGGGUGCAACAAUGGUGAUGACCUAGAUGAGGACUGCUUUGAAGCGAAUUCAAAGCCUUCCCUAGAUCUACAGAUACCGCUGCAGGCAAACGCUCAUCUCUACUGUCACGCGUCGAACUUGCAGCUAGAUUACGAAGAGAACAAUAUAUUUGACCAGAAGACGCAGAAAACGCUUCUAUUGAUCAUGCGAGAGAUGAUUGGAACAGAACGCGACUACGUGCGAUCCUUACAGUACGUAAUCGAAAACUACACGCAAGAACUCCUACGCGAAGACAUACCACAAGCUUUGCGCGGUCAACGGAAUGUCAUCUUCGGGAACAUUGAGCGGAUAUGCGAAUUUCACCAACAGCAUUUCCUCAGCGAGUUGGAAAGCUGUGAGCAUCAUCCGAUCAAGGUUGGAAGCGCUUUUUUGCGGCACGAGUCCAAGUUUUACCUGUAUGCGUUGUACAACAAGAACAAACCAAAAAGUGAUUCCCUAAUGAGCGAGAACGGCACUCAAUUCUUCAAGGCGAAGCAAAUGGAGCUGAACGAUAAGAUGGAUCUUGCGUCGUAUUUGUUGAAGCCGGUUCAGCGAAUGGGAAAGUAUGCGCUGCUGUUGCAGCAGCUAAUGAAGGCAUGUUCAGCAGCUCAGGAAACCACCAAUCCGGAAAUUCUGGAAGACAUGGAGGAACUUCAGAAGGCGGAAGAGAUGGUACGGUUCCAAUUGCGACACGGUAACGAUUUAUUGGCGAUGGAUUCACUGCGGGAUUGCGACGUUAACGUAAAGGAGCAGGGUCGAUUGCUGCGGCAGAACGAAUUCCUCGUUUGGGAAGGGAAAGCUGGCAAGAAAUCGCUACGACAGGUGUUCCUUUUUGAAGAAUUGGUACUAUUUAGUAAAGCUAGACGGUUUCCAGAUCGAAAGAACUUGGAUAUCUACAUCUACAAGAAUAGCAUAAAGACGUCGGACAUCGGUUUAACGGCGCACAUUGGAGAUUCGCCGUAUAAAUUCGAAAUUUGGUUCCGCAAGCGUAAACCCGGUGACACUUGGACAUUGCAGACAAUGAGCGAAGAUAUCAAGAAUGCCUGGACCGACGAAAUUUCGAAACUAUUGUGGAAACAAGCCAAACGAAAUAGGGAAAUUCGACUUGCUGAAAUGUCCUCGAUGGGCAUCGGUAGCAAACCAUGUUUAGAUAUUCGUCCCAGUCAGGAUCAGAUUAACGAUCGAUCAAUCAGUAUUUCAAUGUUCGGAAAAACACCAAAACUUCGCAAUUCAUUUAUUGGCACACUGCCGGAAUCGAAAAGCUCGAAACGCCCGCAAUCUAUAAUCUCCGUUAGUAGUUCAUCGUCCGGAAGUUCAGUGGUUAGCACCGGAACCGGUUCAACGGCUAGUGGCUGUGAAACGAUCCCCGGUAAAAGUAGCGGAAGUGCUGUCGGAAGCAGCUCUGCCGUUUCAUCCGGAUGCAGUACUAGCAGCACUAGUAGCAGUAGCACCACCGCAAGUAUCACAACCUGUAAACGCCUCACGCUAAGCAUAACCGAUCCAAAUGCUCCAGCGCCUCUGAAGACCAACUUUAAGAAACAUCAACGAUCUACCACGCUAGUGAGCCAAUGUUCAAUGGAAAGUGGCAUCAUAGCCGAUAUUUCUUUAAGUCCGGACGAGGCCCUGGAGAACCCGCUUUGGCCACAGCAGAAAAAUCACACGUUGCUGAGGAAAUCUCACAGCGUUGCAUCCACCAGUCAGGAGCAUAACAAAAUCCCAGAAAGUACACCGAAACCAAAAGAACUGCCUGUCAACGGUAGUAGUAGUAACAAUAGCGCAGCCGGUUCCACCAGCAGCCACUCCAACUCCAGCAACUCAGACAUGAUCACCGUCCAUCUUUGAGAGUAGUAGAAGCUUUACUCUAACCUUUUUCUAUACCGCGUGUGGUCUUUUAUGUACAAAAUAAAUUAUCUAAUGUUCAUGUACGCUUCCCCUUCCACCAUGGCUGGAGGAACAUGUUUUAAUCUCUAAUCGCUAAUAUAAAUAAAUGAUAUAUGCUAUUAUGCACAUGGUAUUCUAUCAAUUAAUCUGAUACAAAAUGUGUGUAAUGAGUGUACCUUAGCAGAAACAAAACAUCAAUAGAAAAAAUGCUCCCAUUCGAUUUAAUCAGCAAAACCAAUAAAUUAAAUCAACGUAAAAUUGAAUAAUCAGUUCUUUGAUUAAAAAAGAUAAACUAGCAAACUCGGCUUAAGAGUAAUCUUAUAAUAACCUUAUUUAUGAGACAGGAGCCAUCAGUUUUGUUGUAAAUGCCACUGCAAUGAUAGCUUCGAACAGAAACGCAAACUACCUACAAACCUAAUCGUUUAAAUAAUAUAUUAAAUGUAGAACAAUACUUUCAGAUGUGUUAAAAUAUAAUUAGAAUGAACUUUUGGAAGGACAUACGUGUCGAAUAGCAGAAGAGCAUACCUACCUACGUUUAGUCUAUCGAGAAGCCAUUAUAAUUCCACUAAAAAAAAUCCAUCCGUACCUUUAUGGAAUGGAUUCUUUGUAGUUAUUCGAACAAAAUCAAGCUUUAUUUUAUGAACUAUGUUUAUUUAAUAUUAGUUCUUACGAAGUCAACUGCGUGCGAGUAUUCCUUGUAUUAUUUACAUUAAAUCAUCUAUGUUCUGUAUAAAUUUGAUUAUUUAAGCGAUAAUUUAUGAGAAAAGAAUAUUUUACAUAAUUGUAUCAAUAAACUUUGCGAGAACAAAGCGUACGAAUCUCCAACAUGGAUUUACCGGAAAAAAUAAUUCGUUUUUGUCACUUUAUAGUCAUGUAUCGAUGUUUUGAUUUUUCCUUCUUUUAUGUGUAUCAUAUUUUCAGAAGAUUAUUUUAUAUGCAUAUUGAAAUUGUACCGUAGGUUAAUCGAUAUAAAGCUAUUAAAACAUUUUAUUUACUACUAAA